CCCGCCCCUGAAACUUACAUAGCAAAUAGCAAACAUCCAGCUAGACUCAAUCGCGCAGCCCCUCCCGGUGGGCAGCGCACUAUGCGGCUCGAGUGGGCGUCCCUGCUGCUGCUGCUGCUGCUGUUGUUGUGCGCGUCCUGCCUGUCCCUGGCCGCUGACAGCCCCGCCGCGGCACCUGCCCAGGAUAAAACUAGGCAGCCUUGGACUGCUGCAGCGGCCGCCCAGCCUGGCCAGCGGCAGUGGCAGGAGGCGCAGAAGCCGGGCCAUCCACAACCACAGACCAGGCAGCGCAGGAGCAGCGGGUUGGUGCAAAAUAUAGACCAACUCUACUCUGGCGGUGGCAAGGUGGGCUACCUUGUCUACGCCGGCGGCCGGAGGUUCCUGCUGGACCUGGAGAGGGAUGACACAGUAGGUGCUGCUGGUGGUAUUGUUACUGCAGGAGAAAGGCUGAGCGCAUCCUCUAGCCACCGGGGUCACUGCUUCUACAGGGGCACUGUGGAUGGCAGCCCUCGAUCCCUAGCAGUCUUUAACCUUUGCGGGGGUCUCGACGGCUUCUUCGCAGUCAAGCACGCACGCUAUACUCUGAAGCCACUCCUGCGUGGGUCCUGGGCAGAGGCAGAGGCUGGACGAGUUUACGGGGAUGGGUCUUCGCGCAUCCUGCACAUCUACUCCCGGGAGGGCUUCAGCUUCGAGACCAUGCCACCACGCGCCAGUUGCGAGACUCCCACGUCCCCGUCUGGGCCCCAAGAGCGCCCCUCAGUGUACAGAAGUUCUAGGAGACGCUCAGCACUAGCCCCGCAGCUCCUGGACCAGUCAGCUUUCUUACUAUCUGGGGACGCAGGAACUCAAACUUGGUGGAGGCGGAGGCGCAGGUCCAUCUCCAGGGCCCGCCAGGUGGAGCUCCUUUUAGUGGCUGACUCAUCAAUGGCUAGGAUGUAUGGCCGGGGCCUGCAACAUUACCUGCUGACCUUGGCCUCCAUAGCCAACCGGCUGUACAGUCACGCUAGCAUCGAGAACCAUAUUCGCCUGGCUGUGGUGAAGGUGGUGGUGCUGGCCGACAAGGACAAGAGUCUGGAGGUGAGCAAGAAUGCGGCCACGACCCUCAAAAACUUUUGCAAAUGGCAGCACCAACACAACCAACUAGGUGAUGACCAUGAGGAACACUACGACGCAGCCAUCCUGUUCACCCGAGAGGAUUUAUGUGGGCAUCAUUCAUGUGACACCCUGGGAAUGGCAGACGUUGGGACCAUAUGUUCUCCGGAGCGCAGCUGUGCUGUGAUUGAAGAUGACGGCCUCCAUGCCGCUUUCACUGUGGCUCAUGAAAUUGGGCAUCUACUUGGCCUUUCGCAUGACGAUUCCAAAUUCUGUGAAGAGAACUUUGGUUCCACGGAAGACAAGCGUUUAAUGUCUUCGAUCCUCACCAGCAUCGAUGCAUCCAAGCCCUGGUCCAAGUGCACUUCAGCCACCAUCACAGAAUUCCUGGAUGAUGGUCAUGGUAACUGUUUGCUAGACCUUCCACGGAAGCAAAUUCUGGGUCCCGAGGAACUCCCAGGACAGACCUAUGAUGCCACCCAGCAGUGCAACUUGACCUUUGGGCCUGAGUACUCUGUGUGCCCUGGCAUGGAUGUCUGUGCCCGGCUGUGGUGUGCUGUGUUACGACAAGGCCAAAUGGUGUGUCUGACCAAAAAGCUGCCUGCAGUGGAGGGCACGCCCUGCGGGAAGGGCAGAAUCUGCCUGCAGGGCAAAUGCGUGGACAAAACUAAGAAAAAAUAUUACUCAACAUCAAGCCAUGGAAACUGGGGGUCCUGGGGCCCCUGGGGCCAGUGUUCUCGUUCAUGUGGGGGAGGAGUGCAGUUUGCCUACCGCCAUUGCAAUAACCCUGCACCUCGAAACAGUGGCCGCUACUGCACAGGGAAGAGGGCCAUAUACCGCUCCUGCAGUGUCACACCCUGCCCACCUAAUGGUAAAUCUUUUCGUCAUGAGCAAUGUGAGGCCAAAAAUGGCUAUCAGUCUGAUGCAAAAGGAAUCAAAACAUUUGUGGAAUGGGUUCCUAAGUAUGCAGGUGUCCUGCCAGCAGAUGUGUGCAAACUUACCUGCAGAGCCAAGGGCACUGGCUACUAUGUGGUCUUUUCUCCAAAGGUUACAGAUGGGACUGAAUGCCGGCCAUAUAGCAACUCUGUGUGUGUCCGAGGGAGGUGCGUGAGGACUGGCUGUGACGGCAUCAUUGGCUCAAAGCUACAGUAUGACAAGUGUGGAGUAUGUGGAGGGGACAACUCCAGUUGUACAAAGGUUAUUGGAACCUUUAAUAAAAAAAGUAAGGGUUAUACCGAUGUUGUGAGGAUCCCUGAAGGAGCAACGCACAUAAAAGUCCGACAGUUCAAAGCCAAAGACCAGAGUAGAUUCACUGCUUACUUAGCCCUAAAGAAGAAAAGUGGUGAGUACCUUAUCAACGGCAAGUACAUGAUCUCCACUUCAGAGACUAUCAUAGACAUCAAUGGCACAGUCAUGAACUACAGUGGGUGGAGCCAGAGAGAUGAUUUCUUACACGGGAUGGGCUAUGCAGCCACAAAAGAAAUUCUGAUUGUGCAAAUCCUUGCAACUGACCCAACUAAAGCGCUAGAUGUUCGCUAUAGCUUUUUUGUUCCCAAGAAGUCCACUCAAAAAGUAAACUCUGUCAUUAGCCAUGGCAUCAACAAAGUGGGACCUCACACUCCACAACUGCAGUGGGUGACAGGCCCGUGGCUGGCCUGCUCUAGGACCUGUGACACAGGCUGGCACACCAGGACCGUGCAGUGCCAGGAUGGAAACAAGAAACUAGCAAAAGGAUGUGUUCUCUCUCAGCGGCCUUCAGCAUUUAAGCAAUGCUUGCUGAAGAAGUGUUAGCCUGCGGUUUGCUCUCAUGCACUGAGACACCUGGAGGAUCGUCACGUCACAGAUACAGCUGUGGUGCAGACAAGGCCUACACGAAGCACAGAAAAUUGUGCCUCCAUGUCAUUGUCACCAGGAGUCGAAUUUUGGCAGAAUCUGCUCUCUGUCCAAAAGAUAUGCACUACUUCAUGACAUGACGGUGACCUUGGAAUACAGAAAACGUGGGAGUUAUGGAACAUCCCUGGGCCUGCACAAAGGAGACGCACAUGAUGAAUGUAGAAUUGGGGACAUUUGAAGAUGGCAGAGAAGUCUUGUCACCUACCUCUUACAGAAUGUCUUCAAAGGCACCAUAAUCAUGUUCAGCCGUGACUCACACCUUAUUUUUACUGUCCGUACUGCAUCCACCCUUGUCACUUGAUAUACUUGGUCCUGUUAAUAUAUAUUUCUAUAGCAAAGUAUUUGACCAAAGUAGGUCUGCAGCUAUUUCAACUACUAGCUUCCAGAAAAAGCUGUGGAAGAUUUACUGGAAAACAAGAACUUGCUGCUGUUAAAUAAGAUUUUUGUAAAUUUUCAGUUUGCAGGACAUAACAUUUUAGUUAAAAAGCAUUUUGACAGCAAGCAUCUUCUGAGAAAAUUCUAAAAAGGGAAAGGAUCUGUGUGUGUCUGGUCAUUUAAACACAUACAUGGGUCCACGUACUCUCACCUUUUGACCGUCUGUAUUUUUUUCAGGCAGCCAGCCAAAUUACUGUAUCAUUGGGUGUAGAAAUUGUGUCUUCCUGUGUUUAUGUGAUCAAUAUUCAAGGGUCUAAAAAUUAGUUUGCUUGUAUUGGGAUUUAAAAGAAAAAAAAACAUGUCACUGUGUUUUCAAUUUAUAUUUUCACAGCUGCUUACUGUCUGUGUCUCUUAGCUGAUAUCUCACAAUGUGUAGCAAAUGUGCAGAACACACAGCAUCAACGUGUCUGUCACAUCCACCACCUUCCGCACCAGCAUACCUCUUCUCAGCCACUCUUUCAAAUGUUUGUGUUUGCUUGUUUGUUUUCCCCAAGGGGUGGAAAAGGCAUGUUGUUAUAUGUUGACUGGUUCUAAGACUAAUAUCAUAAUCAUUUCAUGUUUAGCCUUACCUAGGAGGAGCAAUGGGUUUUAAUUCAAUUAAUUCAAGAAACCAAACUAACUGGCUAGCAUUAAUAAGACUGUUUCCACACCAUAGGCAAUCAUCUCAUCACUUAAAAAAAUAUAAUCAUACACCUACUGUAUUAGAGAAUUUUCCCAAUUGGAAAGUGUUUAACUAUAUCA